CUUGUCGGAUGGGACGUCGCUGGAAGAAUCUGGUCGGUUCGUGGACGCCGUUCACGACCAUCACGACCAUCACGACCAUCACGACCUUUUCACAUGCUCGUAGCCGUUGCUUACAUUAUCCUGGGUGGUCAUUGCCCGACGGUGAUAGGUUGGUGUUUCUCUAUUCGUUUCAUCAUCGUCAGGCAUUCGACGUGACACAGGCCGACCAGCGACCAGGGUUUUGCUAUUUUUGAAACGCUCCAAAUAUCUCAACAAAUUUUCCCUUUCCCUUUCGCAUCGCUUGACGCUUAACCUUUGUUUCGAAAAACCGUUCUCUAACCCAGGAGAAUCUCCGCUUACGCCAGUUGGACGCGCGGCCGGUGACAACCCGUGAGGCUGGUGGACGAUAACGAAGCUCCCGUCCCCGUCUUUCCUAUCUAGCGCCAAUAUGGACAGACUGCGAGUAAAGAUGAAACGCAGAAGAAGCAGGGAGAAAAGCGAAUCUGAACAGUCGGAUGGUUCGUCGGUCUGGGAUUCGGAUGCGAGUCGCCAAAGCCAGAGCCACACACCAAGUGAUGGAAGGCUGGGCAAUGUAUCCGCCCUAAGAGACUUCCUCUCUUUCCUAGCCACAGUCUCAGGCGACAUCUCACACAUCACUGCCCCGCCAUUCAUCCUCGCCCCUCAAUCUCUCACCGAAUUCCCCAGCUACUGGGCCGAACGACCAUCACUAUUCACAGCACCCGCACAUGAGACCUCGCCUGAAAAGCGGUGCUUGGCCGUCCUCAAGUUGUACCUCGCCUCGCUCCAACGACAAUAUUACGUCGGGCGGACCGUCAAAGAGGGCCUGAAGAAGCCGCUCAACCCGUUCCUUGGCGAACUGUUCUUGUGUGAAUAUACCGACCAUGACUUGUCUUCGGAAAAGGACACCUCUUCCACAGUCCGGGUGAUAAGCGAGCAAGUCUCCCAUCACCCACCCACCACGGCAUGCUACUUGUCGUCCGAUGAGCAUGGCGUCCACGCCGAGGCCUACUCCACGCAACAAACAACCUUGUCCGGCACAUCGAUCAUCAUUCGCCAAUCUGGCCAUGCCCUGCUGACGGUCGACAAGUACAACGAGACGUACCUGCUUCCGCUACCCGAUGUACGGGCACGGGGUGUGUUGACAGGCGUCCCCUGGCCCGAACUCGGCGACACAUACAAGAUCAUCAGCUCCACUGGUUUCACGGCCGAGAUGAAAUUCAUCCCAAAAAAACUGUGGGGUGGGGAGCGCAACGUCUUUGAGGCCAGCGUGUACCGGACGGACGAUAUAACCAAGGACGCCAUAUACAUGAUGGGCGGACACUGGAGCAGCCGGUUCAGCAUAUACAACACGCACGGCCACGAGAUCGAGGUCUUUGACCUAGCGGACGCCAAGAACCAGCCUGUGCCGGCGACGAUAGCGCCUGUCGAGAAGCAGAGCCCAUGGGAAAGUCGACGGGCGUGGAAGGAGACGUUUGAUGCAAUCCGCCGGGGUGAUCAGACGACUAUCGUAAAUGAGAAGAGUAAGCUCGAGGAGGCGCAGAGACGCAUGAGGGAACAAGAGCAGGAACAGGGCCAGCAGUGGGAGAGCAUGUUCUUCAAUCGGACGCCGGACCUGGAUGGCGAGAAUAAAGAAGUCAUCGAGCGGUUGUUCGAGAUGGUGGGCCAUGACGGCGAGGUCGAGAGACUGAAAGGCAUCAAUGGUAUUUGGAGGUUUGAUCGAGAGAAGGAACGGAAGUGGAAGGAGGGACGCGGCGUGGUGAGGCCGGAGAGUCCAUUUGGGUGAGACAUGAUGCAAAUGGGAGAAUUGUCAAUUUUGCACCGAGCGACAGGAGUUCAAGAUGGACAGAUGCAGCAACAUUUGCCGGACAAUAGGGCCGGGAUAGACCGAUCACGGCCGUGAUGAUACCCAUUGAUGAGAUUAAUGAUGGUUAUAAAGCAUUAUAUGGAAAUAGAUUCGUAUGGACCUAUUGAUCCAGUUCGGCGUUGAAUCAUG